UCCGUCACCAAACAGCGUCUCUUUUGCAAAGAACAAAAAAAAAAUUCCUUCAGCGAUCAUGAGCGCACAAAAACCUUUCAAGUUCAAGAAGAUCUUCCUGACUUCCAAGUCCAAGUCCCAGGACAAGGAGGACGAGAAGAAAUACGACAGUUUACCGAACCCGCGUGCAGAAGCUUUAUCGCCCGCGAGCCCGACUGAGAAGAAGAAGAAGAAGAAGCGGUUCGGCUCGUGGCGCUCCAGAAAGAAAUCAUCGGACUCGUUCAACGACGACAACAUCAGCGAGCAGCUGGACUUCGGCACCGACCAAAUGAACUUCGAUCAGAUGAGCGUCCAGACGGAGGACUUCACCAUGACUGACAGCUGGUCCGUCGCGCCGUCCGAGUGCACGUCUGUGAUCAGCCUGAACCUCUCUUCGCCACCCUCACGACGUCACAGGAAGAAUUCCGAGGAAAAAGGUGGCAGCGUGCUGCACCGCGUGGCCUCGUUCUUCUCGAAGAGGCGCAGGACAUCGUCUGACGGGACAGAGGAAAAUGCGUCACCUGUUUCGAGCCCAAGCAAAUCAGCGGGACUGAGCCUGACGACCUCCCCAGGUGGAGAGGAAGACAUCGAGCACGGGUUCUUCACCGAUAAAGGGAGCCCGAGCGUCCAGAGCGUGGCUUCGAUCAUCGCAGACGGAGGUGACUUUCCAUUUGCGGAUAGUGACAGCGGUGGCAGCGUGAGAAACUUAGCGGCGGCGGCGAAAAACAAAAACGAACCGGGUGCAGAGCAUCUGGUUGUGGAGGCGAGCAAAAAGCUCAGGGUGUUUUUAGAGGAGAUCAGUGUGACAGACGAAGGAAUCGAGAGACAGAUCACACAAACCAUUAAGGAAUGCACAGAAAUCCCUGUAAAGGACAACUCCGAAGCUAAAUCUCCAGACAUCAAGAAGACUGUUCUGAAACCGGUUGUGGGAGGGCAAGGGAAUUACAGUGCCCUCGCCGGGGUGACACUGAUCUCCAAGUCAAGGAGCGAGUCCAGUUCUUCUGAUCUAGACAACACAGAAAGCAUGGGGAAGAAAACCUCGAGCCGGAGAAAAUCCCGCAAGCUGAACAGCGAAUCCCAGUCACCCUUAAGUCCUACAAAACCCUUGUUUCCUGAGGCGGAAACUGAGUCUGCUCAGGCCUCACCCUCACCUAUACAGCUUCACAAAGCCAUGUGGGUGGAAACACACCUGGAGGAGGAAGGGAGUGAAAGCAGCUCACUCGGGCAGGUCACACCCGUUCAACAGAGCCCCGUGCCAGGACUCAGAGCUGCACCCGUUGCUCUAGGAGCGCCGGAUUCCGGGUCGGAUUCAUCCCUUUAUCAGGAAGCCGUAGAGGAACCGGAAGCAGAGAAAAACAUCACAUCAGAGGAGAUUAAAGUCGAGAAACGGAGGAGCGUCAAGCUUUCCACGAGCGAGAAGUUCUUCGCUAAGAGAGUAUUCCUAAACUCUCAGUCAAGCCUGGAAGGAGAACAAGAAGAUGUGAGCGUGAGCACAGACUUAAAUUCCCAAAGCAAGCAGAAAUCCGAAGUCAGAAUUCUGCCAAGCCUCAAGAACAUCAGUGUGCAAAUUAAAAAACCUGAUCAGCAGUCAUACGACUCUGUAAGCGAAAGCAGAGAUGCUUCUGUAAAAGAGGAAGCUAAGCCAGAGCAGCAGGUUGAAAAUGAUGUAGAGGAGCAGCCCUCAGAGCUUUCUAAUAACAUCACAGCUUCUGGAGAGGACUCUCCAGAUAUGUCUGGGUACAAGGGACAGACCAGAGUGACCAGUCCAGGCGUUAGUAAUCGCCAGACUUCGGCUGUGGCAUCCAAACGUGUGGACAAAACAAGCAGUGGAACAAAUGUAGGGGCUGUUGGAAAGGGUCCAGCUCCGCCAGUGGCACCGAAAACAAAAGCCAGCGUGGGUCGAGUUACGAGCCAUACAGAGGCCACAAAAGGGGAAAGCACCAAAAAGCUUGCGCAAAACGGCACAGAGAAAAAGCAAAGUAAAUCUCCGACUAAAAAAGAGCUGCCGAUUGUAUUUACUAAGCCUACAGACAAGUCAAAAAUUCCAAAGAAGACGCCUCCUGAGCUCCUGCCAAAACCGAGCAAAACACUAAUCGUGAGCGUGUCACCCGAUGCAUCAGUUUCCUCUCCAGUUCUGACACGUGAUCCAGCACAAGCUGAAAGAAGUAAAUCCAGCUCAAGUAACAGUGUUACAAAACCCAAGUCAACACCGUCACCGCCUGGUAAAAGCGACAACGGGUCACCUGUCAAGGAAGAAGAAACCGUGGCUGCUGGAGAUGUAGAACCUAGUCGAGCACCUAAACCUUCUCAAACCAAAGAGCUAAAGAGUGUGAAGGAAUUAAAAUGCCCAACUCCUGAGGAGAAGACGGAGCAGCCGUCAUCUCCCAGUGUUAUAGAGGAAACUGAGAAAAUAAGCGAUUCUAAAGAAGGUGUAAAGCCCAAAACACAACCACAAACUCCUACAGAAAAAAACCCCAAGGGUAGACCAGGAAAACUCUCGCUUAGUAAGACCUCUAAAGUUGAUAGUAAGCCUAAUACUCCUACAGAGGCAGAGCAACCAGAAAAGAGCAGCACAAAAGACAAGGCUCCAAAUGAAACACGACCAAAGAGUCCAAAAAAGCCCAAGGCUGAAGCAUCGCCAACAGGAAGCAGGCUGCCUCGCCUGACUCCGCCUGGCGCUCUAAAACGGCCCACAGAGGACGAAUUUGAUUAUGGAGACGAUGACUCACUCAAGCAACCCUCGCUUUCCGAUGCCAAGCCAGAAAACAGUGAUUCAUCUCCAGUCAACGGUCCUCUUAGCCCAUGCAAAUCUGCUGAACGUGACCAAGCUGCUGGGAAUGCUGUGGUAAAGACUCCUCCAGAACUCAAACCCUCACCACAUCUUAGACGUCCAACUAAACCUAAAUCCAGAAGAGAGGUGGAAAAAGUGAAAGUCGAACUCACUGCAGACUCUCAAACUACAGUACAAGUGUCAGACCAGGACGUGGACAAAACAAAAGGAAAGCAGAAACUUCAGAAAGUAAAAGCAGAAAAAUCAGAAAAUUUGAGUGUGGAGGCAACAGAAAACAUUACUGAUCUGAAAAGCUCAACUGAAGUUCCAGAAGUAAACAAGGACAAGGAAGAUGUGUCUAAAGUCAAAGAUCAGAGAGUUAACCUGGUAAACGAGAUGCACAGUGUGAGCGUGAAGAUUACCGAACCUACACUAGUUUUGAAAACUUCACCUCAAGCACUUGAACAGGAAAUUGAUGAAGCCAAGGAGGCCCAAAAGGUGACUGUAAAGACCACUGAACCUGACGUAGAUAUAAAAACUCCACCAAAGGCAUCUAAAAAGGAAAAGGCUGUAGCCAAAACUUCAGCUCAAGCUCCUAAACAGAAAAUAGACAAACCUGAACCUUUGUCAAGUGUGGAUAAUAACCUUGUGGAGCAUAAAACAGACUCUAAAUUAACUCAUGAACCUAAACAGGAACCAGUCGAAGGUAAAAUCAAGGCUGUUGAAGACAGUACAGGUUUGAUAAAGCCACCUAAAAUCUCUGAAAAAGAAACCAGAGCCCAAGAUAUUCCAAACACAGAGUGUUCAUCAGAGAUUAAAACAUUAUCUCAAGUGCCUGGAAGCAAAAAGGAAAAGUCUGACAAAGUGCAAUGUACAGAUAAGAUUAAUGAUGAUCAGGUGUCUGUACAGAAAACUGACAAAGUCGAGGAGGUGCCUAAACCAGACCUUAAGGCUACGGAGAGUAAAGCAGACCUAAAAACUGAGCUUAAAGUGUCUAAACAGAAGGUGGAUAAGGAUGAAGAUGUGAGCCUGGCUGCAAGUCAAGCACCUAAACAGGAAGAGGAAAAAGCUGGAAAAUUGCAAGAUGUGGGCAUUAAAUCUAACAACCUGAAUGCUCAGCAUCAAGUGUCAGAUCAAAUAAAGACUGAAAAUAUUGAUGUUGAAUCAAAACCAGAAACAAAUGACUCUCAAAUUACAAAAGCACUGGAUAUUGGGGUGCCUCAAGUCAAACCAGAGCUUAUCAAUAAAGAAUCUCCCUCAGUCACAGAUAAGGAGAAGGUAACUCUUGAAACAGUGGAUAAAAUGUCAGUCAAACCAACUGCGAGUGUUCAUAAAGAGACCAAAGACUUGAAACCUGUAAACGUUCAGUCCAAUAAAACAGACUCCACCCAGGAUGCAUCAAAAUCUGAGAGUAAGGACCACAACAACACAGAGAUCAACAAUCUUGUAGUAAACGCCCUGUCAAAAACCACAGAAGAAGCAGGACACAAGGAGGCUGAAAUUUGUUCUGUUCAAGACCACAAGGACAAACCAAAAGUCCUUAAGUCGUCCAGUACAAAAGAAGCAACCAUUGCACACAAUGAGCUUAAGUUACCAGCCUCGGAUCCUGCCAAGGUAGAUGUCAAAUUGACACCUGCUAGCAGUACAGACUUGGGAGUUCUUAAGACACGAAGCCUCAGUCCUGAACAAAAACCUGUAGUUAAAAAGGCUGAGCUACCAAAAGGUACUGAUCAGGUGAACUUCCAAGUGAAGAAGGCAACUGAGGUUAAAAAAAACAGUCUUGUCAAUGAGAAUCAUAAACCUGCCCCUACAAAAUCUCAGAACUCUGAGAAACUACCGUUGUCAAGUAAUCUUUCUCCAAAAGUCACAGCUCAGGACUUUCUCUUGGCCUCAAAAAAACUCUCCAAAAACGAGUCCCCGUCUAGCUGGCUGGAUGUGGACCAAGGUUUUGAAAAGAAGCAGAGAACAGAGAGGAAAAUGGACUGUUCGGCAAGUGACGAAAGCCUGCAGGACACGUCUGACGAUUCGCAAGAUUUCAUCCGUAAAAUCAAAGAACUCUGCUCUCCUUUCUCUUUUCCUCCAAAGAAGCACACCCGGUCCAGGAUGAUUUCGCCUCCGUUUGCCUUGCCUGCAAUCAAAGAAGAUCACUUUGAGAAAACUUUUGACCCUGAGGAGUUCAAGUUUGGGAUGAGGAAAACCACUGGGCCAAAAGAUCCAUCUCCGGCUAUGUUGAUCAAAAAGAAAAGCGAAGACGUGAGGAGUAAGCAGCUUCCGAAACGCAAGGGAACUGAAGAUAGUAUGAUCUUUAAAGCUCUGUCUUCCAGACGAGCACAAGAACAAAACGAUGAAGAAAAGACGACUAAGAAUAAGGAAAACGGGGAAGAUCAAGGUAACACUGAAAACUCUGGAAAGGUUUCUUCACGCUUAGAAAGAAUGUCCAUCCUUUCAAACCUCACGAGCUCCUCCAAAAACUUGAGAAGACCUCCAAUUCAGCCUGAUGCUGUUUUAAAUGGGACCGUGUCUCAAACAGCAUCUCAACAAGUUCCUACACCAGAUACAAGCAAUGUGAAAUCAACAUCUGAAGUCGCACCUCCAGGAGGGGUGGAAAGGACCUUGCACGAUCUUGUGACACAUCCUGGGGUUUCCGGUGAUCCCCCAAAGAGCCCUCCUACUCCUCCUUCCCUUCCUAACUUUUCUGAAAUCAAACUUCCUGAUUUCCUGGGAAAGUGUCUCAAGACAGAUCAAGAAUCCCCUGCUUUAGGUAGCUCCCAGAACCAAGCAGCAGCUCCCUUGUUACCUGUAAAACAAACCGAAGUCAGCUCCGGAGACCCAGACACAAAACCAGGUCGUAAGAAGAUUCCGGAUCGUCCGAAAUCAAUCUUUCCACCAAAGCCACCAGAACACCAAACCAAACUGCCGUCAAUUACACAUACUCAGAUAACAACAGUAAGAGGCUUUCACAAGCGACCUGGGAAGCUGGUCAUCUUCCAGCGAGCCCAAUUUGGUGGCGAGGCCUACGAGGUGUUUAGGGACGUAGACGAUGCCACGUCGUUACAGCUGUCUCCGGUCAUCUCUCUGAAAGCCAUUAGGGGAUGUUGGCUGCUUUAUGAAAAACCAGGAUUUCAGGGACGGGUCAUUGCUCUAGAGGAAGGACCGACAGAAUUAGUGAACGAGUGGAUGGAGCCAGAACCUGACCAGGAGGUGGGGCCAGACGGGAUUCCCAUUCCAACCAAACCAAUGGUGAUUGGUUCCAUUCGUCUAGCCGUGAAGGAUUACAGCCUGCCUAAGAUUGAGAUCUUCUCAGAACCGAACGGAUUGGGCCGGCUGUCCUCGUUCUGCGAUGACGUCAUCGAGCUCGGGUCCUUCGGGCGUCCGCACAGCGCUGGAUCCAUCAAGGUCCACUCCGGAGUUUGGCUAGUCUUCAGCGAUCCAGAUUACCAGGGUUUGUUGUCGGUCUUGGUUGUGGGCGAGUACCCAUGCCCAGAGUCCUGGGGUUUCCCCGAUCCCUUCAUCGGAUCUUUACGUCCUCUCAAAAUGAGCGGCAUCAAAGUGGAAAACCCCCACGAAGCUCAGGCCGUGCUAUACGAGGAGCCGCUGUUCCAGGGCGCCUCGAUAGAGAUCGACACGGGCGUCUCCGACAUCGCAGAGGAGGAUGAGGAGAAGAAGGAGAAUGAUGAAGAAGAAGAGAACGCAGUCCAGGAGAAGAAACCGACCUCCAUCGGCUCCCUCAGGAUCCUCAGCGGCCUGUGGGUAGGUUACACAGAGCCGGGGUUCGAGGGUCGUCAGUACGUGCUGGAGGAGGGUGAAUAUGUCGACUGCUCUGAUUGGGGAGAAUUGGGGGAAACGCUGCGCUCACUCCGCCCAAUACACUCGGACUUUGUGUCCCCUCAGCUGAAGCUGUUCAGCGAGCGGGAUUUCAGCGAGAGGAGUCUGAGCGCCGACCUGCUCAUCCCCGUCACGGUCAUGGAGGAGACGGCGUACGGGAGCAAGACCCAGUCAGCGGAGGUUAUCUCCGGAGUAUGGGUGGUGUUUGAGAACCCUGCAUUUUCCGGUGAGGUGUACGUGCUGGAGAAAGGGCUCUACUCAAGUCCAGAGGAUUGGGGAGCUUGCAAUCACAAGAUCUCCUCCAUCCAACCUGUGUUUCUGGAUCAGACUGCUGGACUGCCGAGGUUUAAGGUGCAGUUGUUCUCCGAGCCCGGGUUUCUGGGUGACGUCUUGGUUCUGGAGGAGAGCUCCCCGUUCCUGCCUGCCGAAUUCUGCCCUCGAUCGUGUAAAGUCCUGGCUGGAAGCUGGGUGGCGUUUGAAGGGCCUCAGUUCACAGAGAACAUGUACGUGCUGGAGGAAGGAGAUUACUGUAACACUGCUGCGUUGGGCGGAGUCACUACCGACUGCACCAUCCGAUCACUGCACACCAUCGGCCAUGAGUUUUCUCUUCCCUCCAUCACUCUGUUCUGUAAGGCCUCGUUCAGGGGGCGGAAGGUCGUGCUGAUGGACAGCUGCAACAGCCUAUCACUGACCGGGAUUGAUGGGCGGAGCCAGUCCGUGGUGGUGAAUGGAGGAAUGUGGGUGUUAUAUGAAGGGAGCAACUUUCACGGCCGUCAGCUCUUACUGCAGCCCAGUGAGAUCGGUGACUGGAGGAAAUUCAGCGGCUGGAACCAGAUCGGAUCUCUGCGUCCGUUAACACAGAAGCCGGUGUAUUUCCGGCUGCGUAGUGCUGAGACGGGUUGUGUGAUGUCUCUGUCUGGGUCGCUGGAUGACAUCAAGCUGCUGCGAGUGCAGGUGCUGGAGGAGAAUGGAGCAGACGAGCAGGUGUGGCUCUACCAUCACGGCCUGCUGCGCUGCAAGCUGUUGGAGGACUGCUGUUUGGAGCCCGCGGCAGGGAUGAUGAUGCCCGGCUGUCGUCUCAACGUCUCUCCCGAACAAGGAAAGGAGAAUCAUUUUUGGAACAUCACAGCUGACGGUCUCAUCCGCUCCAACCUCAAACCUGACCUGGUGCUAGAGGUCAAAGGUGGACAGCAGUACGACAAAAACCAGGUGAUUCUGAAUUCGUUUGACGAGCAGAAACCCAAUCAGAGAUGGACGGUGGAAAUCCUGUAGCACGAGAUAAAUCGAGCGAGGACUAUCCUGUGCAAUAACCCAUGCUCACUGUGUGCCCUGUGGGGCAGCUCCACUCCUGAUACCCAUCAGCCACACGGUGCAGCUCUGUCUAGAGGACUGAACCAAACAAUUCUUCUAGCUCUACAAGGUCAUUCCUGGAAUCUGCAUCAUCUUUUACUCUCAGAUUCAUAAAAAUGUCAUGCUUUAAAACGCAUCAAUAACCAUGGAGCUGGAGCUUUACAAACUAGAUGCAAUAUUUUACAGUGUUAACGUUAAAUGCAAUGAGGUGUUGAUGCAGCGUGAACUCUACACCACUUCCCCUAAAGUGCCUGACUUUAUCAUGGUGCUCUUCUGGCGCUCUCGCGUCACGCCUUGUCUGUUGUAUAUUUUCUUUCAAUAGCUGUAAAGAGUUGUUUUAUUAAGAAUAAAGUUUUUUUUGUGUCUUUCAA